CUCAAGCACUGCAAGCACUGGAACAUCGACAUCCCCAGAUCUCCCUCUCUUGUUCGCUGGAAGCCGUUUAACAGCGCUGGUCGGCCUGACAGAGGACUGAAUCGAGCGCCACGAAACCCUCGCGCCCUGCAUUUCUAUUUCCUUCCCCCUGCGUGUCCUUGCUCGCUCCUCCUCCCUCAACGCCUCGACAUUGCUCUCUCUCUCUCUCGCUUUCUGCAAGCAGGCGAAACAACGCCGCGCCGCUGCACCUGCGCAGCAUGAGGCCCGAGCUAUUCGAGCCAUUCGAGCCACAGGCAAAGGCCGCCCCGCCGCCCCGACCCCCACGGAGGCGAGGGCCACGGGGUCCGAGCCAGGCUCAGUGGGCGCCUGAUGGAUGCAGAUCAACCCUCAUCCACGUCCACCAUCAACUCUGUGCGUCCUCUGGCUCUGCGUCCUUGCCCGGCAUGUCGCCAGCAUCAACCCCCUCGUCCUCGGGCGACUUUCAACUCGAGACACCCUCCGUUGGGUCUUUUGACUCAAUCCACGGCUCGUGCGACAACCUCGCCAUGCCCGUCCUCCCCCCGCUAAUGUUGCACGACCGCGCCCUCGCCCUCGCCGCUGCCGCGCGGCAUCAAGGCCUUGAUCAUCUUCUUCCGAAGCGCGUGCAGCACACACAUACGCGAUCGCUCUCCCGAAGUCGCCUGCCUGUGCCCUUUCCUCUGCCCUCGCAUUCAAUGUCAGAAGCAGACGCAGAAGCAGAAGCAGAAGCAGGGCUGCAAUUGCAGGAUGGUGUAGGUUCUGCUCGCCCUGCCGUGGCGGCCGUGUUCGCAUCGCCAAGCAACCAAGAGUCAAGGGCGUCGGGUGGCAACAACCAAGCUCCACACCUCGCUAAAUUCUCUAUCGACAUCCAUCCUGGUUUGCGAUGGAGAGAGGGCGACAGUGACCUCGCUUUGCUCACGUCCAUGCCCUCGCCCUCAUCCUCGUCCACGCCCUCUUACCACCCCGCACGCACGCCCGAGCCCGAGCCCGACAUGAACAACGCGGUGCCUCGCGCAGGGACUUCGCUCCGGCGAACAAGAUCAAGCGCUGGCCGGCCCGAGCGUGCGCAACACCCCCAGCCGCCACUCCCACAUCUUCCAUCUGGUAGUGCAUAUGGCGUCCCUCCUUGCCCUCCCUGCACUCCUUGUGCUCCUUGCCAUUGCUCGCGCUCGCGCCGCCCCGCCUCACCCCCCUUGCUCAUGUCCAUGUCCAAGCCCAUGCCGCCCAUCCCCUCCAUGCCCCCCACAGACCCCCUCGAGCGGGAUAACGAGCUCGCCAUCGCCUGCGCCGCACAAGUAGCAGUGCGCCGUCGCGUUGUCUCUGUCCCAAAGUCCCCCCAACCCGCCCUGCAUCCUUGGCAGUCCUGGCCUCGCGAGAAGCAUCGUCGCUCCACUUCGCUUGGAGGCGACCAGGUCUUCACUCCGCCCACUCCCCUCACUCACUCCCACCCCCACCCCCACUCCCACUCCCGCACCAUGUCCCAGCGCGCUCCCCAACCGCGCCUGCGCACCGCUCCAAAGCUACCGAAGCCCAUGCCGUUCCAUAUCCCCCGCCGCGCCCCUCCCCCACCGCCCAUAGUCGUUCCCCUCAACGCGAAUGCCAAACGUGUGCGAUCGCCUCCUCCCCCUCCUUCUCAGUCAUCGCCCCCUCCGCCGCCAAAGGCGCUUCCCGCGCUUCCCACUCUCCCCCUGCCGCCCCUCGCCAGGCCGCCGCCAACAAGGAGUCUGCCGCCCCCGCCUCCAGGCCCGCCGCCGAAGAGCGCCCUCCCUCCCCUUCCUCUCGAGCUCCCGCCCAUCCCUCCACUGCGGAAGAUGGUGAUGCCUGCGCUCUUCUCCCCGGCGAUCCCAGAACCCCUAGGGCCCGCACCCUCGGCGCCCUCCUCCUCCUCGGCAUCGAACUCUUCCCGCCGCUCUGCAGCUUUGGGUCCCGACUCCGCGUAUGCGCGCUACCGCGCACGCUCGCGCGCCAAGACGCUAGCCUCGUCCUUCCCGACCGCCUGCGAGCCGGUCGAGGCAGCCCACGCAGCCAACGGCGAAGAGACGCUGGCCGAGGCCAUCGCAGCGAUCCGCGAAGCCGAGGAAUGGGAUUGGCCCAUCCCCCCGCUCGUCCGCCGCCCGUCCAAGCCGGCAGACAUGUCGCCGCGCAAGCUCCAGCCGCUCACCAUGCCGACGCUGCCGUUGCCGAUGCCGACAUCACCGCCGUUGCCCGUGCCCAUUCCAGGCGCUGAGCGCGUGGAAGAGCUGCGCCGCGUCAAGUCCUGCGCCCCCGACUUUGACGGCUACUCGAUGCAUCCCUUCGCGGCGGCGCGACAGACGUACGCACCCCGCGCGCGUCGCGGGAGCACAGCGAGUCUCGCGGCACAGCACAGCGGGAGCUCGUUGGGCAGCGACGGGCCGCGCACGCCCGACGAGUGUCCUUCCCCCCCUCAGUUCGCGCUCGUGCGCGGCCCCUCCGGCCUCAUCGUCAAGCCGAUCGGGCCGCAAGUAGAGCGCCCGGCGCGGCGGUACGGCACUCCCUUCUAGUCUCCUCUUUGCGUUGUGUGCUUCUGGCUUCGAUUCCGUCUGGCUCAAUUUCCUGCUUCCCUUUCAUGUCCUGUUGUAGCUUAUUGUACAGUACGCGGCAUGCCGUAAUGGUAUUACGUCGGUGUGGCAAA